ACCCCUUCUCCAGUCAGUUCCCCAUUGAAACUGCUACCGAGUGGACCCACAAUUCGAUAUUCUAGUGUGAAGUGUGUUCCCUUAAAAACCCCCAAAAAAUCCGUGUAAAUCCGUGUUUCCUCGAGUAAAAGGCUCACAUAACGUAUACAAGUCCCGAAAAAAAGCCUAGAAAUGGCUGAAGGUGACGCAAAAGUGAACAUGUCUCUCGAUGACAUCAUAAAGCUGGAGAGGAAAGAUAAAAAGAGAAAGAUCAUGGUUAAUGGUAAGGGUGGAGCGAGAAAUAAUCGUCAGGGUAAGGGCCAGCCAGGGCUCAGAGGACAACGAGGGAAUAAGGGUAAUAAUGUACGUGGACGUGGAGCUAAUAACAAGAAUAAAAAUGUUAAUGGACCGAAGAAGAGUCAGGCAUGGCGUCUUCAACGCCAGCAGAGCAAUGGUGGCUUUGUGGCUAAGCGUUACAAGCAGAAUGGCCCAACGAGGGUACAGAAUAAACAAAAUACCCGGAAGGGUAAUGAGAGGAAGGGCCAGGUUAAUAAUCCUAGGCAAACAUUCGCUGGAAGACGAAUUGCUGGUGCGGCACUUCGUGGAGGUAAAACUGGCAUGACACGAGCCAGGAGCCGUAAUAAUAUUGCUGGUACUAAGAGAUUUGGUGGUGCUGUCAAGGGAAUUAAGAGGGUCAGCAGUUUACCGAAUUUGAGGGAUCCAAAUUCGGUUUACAAUAGGCUUGGAUAUCAGAGCCCGGCGCAGGUAGCAUACAGAAAUAGGGUCAAGAGGGCCAAGCAACUUCUGCUGCAGAGACAGAGCCAGAGACUUGCGCGCAAUGAUCGCUUGGCACCACGUCCAGCAAAAUCACUGACAGUGAUGCAACAACGUUCAUUGGAGAGACAUCAACAGGUCAUGGCACCACAGAGGGGUGGGUUCAAUGCUGGUAGUCUGCGUUCAGAUCAGAUUCUACGAGCCCAGAGACGGCAAAUGUAUAAUCAGAAGCUUUUGAGAAUGAGAGCUGCCAGGGUCAAUCCAAAUCCCAACGUAAACUUUAUGUGCACACUUGGAGAUGAUUACACACCUAGACAGCGGUCACGCUCGAUGAGCCGAGGUAGGAGUAUGGGAAGCAGACGACAGUUGUCACGAGGGCGUUCACCCUACCGACAGAAUCCACAAAAUUUUAAUCAGCACAUGUCGAGAGGACCCCUAUUCAGACGUUCACGAUCACGUUCAAGGUCUCGUUCACGUUCACACACACGGACAGUACCCUUGAUCCAAUCAAACACAAAUGUUGAUGAUCGUACAUUCAGUGAAGUUAUGUACAGCGUUUCAAAUAAUCUUGGAGUCACUGGACGAACUCUCAAUGACAGAUUCACCUUUUAAACGCUGACUAAGGGCUAUCUACACUUUUAUUGGACGUUACUGAAGACUGCUGAACGAUGGAGAUGAUUUGAAACACUGGAAAUCUCUCAAUUCUCGAGGAGGACGCAACGAGAGCUCAAUGGAGUGGGGACUCGUAUGCACAUGUGUAUAGAAAAAUUUAUCGAGGAUGAAUUACUCAAAUUAUAAGGAAACACUUGUCAUUUUGAUCAGAUACUUUACAGGGUGACUGUAUUUUUUUUUUGUGUAUCAAUUUACCCGAGGAAGUUGCGAAGAUUAUUUAAGAUGUCAUUACCAUUUUUACUAUGAGUGGAAAUAAUUUGUUUUGUAUCCUUCAGUCGAGGAAUUUCAUUUCGUGUGAGUGAAGUAAAAAAUACUUUUUCUUUCUCUUUUAUUAAGGACUACGAGUAGGAGUAUGAUACACUUAAGAGCAUUAAAUAAACGUAAUUAUGUAGAAUUUUA